GAUAACUCACCUCUUAACUAUUACACUGGACCAGACUACCGGAGUGUCAUAGAAGCUAUUCAUCAUGUUUCUAACUGGGAGGAUCUGGGACUAGCAUUACAACUUAAUCCAUCAAGCAUAGAUGAUGUAAAGAGAUCGUACAAUCAAAUUGUUGAGGAGUGUCGCAAAGAAAUAAUCAAGAAAUGGAUGAUGACCAAUGACCAUCCCUCAUGGAGGAGCCUCUGCCUUGCUUUGUGUGCUAUAUCAGUAGGUCAUCCAAGAUUAGCCAAGCGUAUUGGAGAGAAGCAUCCAAUCAAACCUGCUCAGCAGUAUAAUGAACCAUUUGAUGAAGAAGCUUCUUCUCAAUCAGCUAUACCUACUACACGUACAACUUCUACUGCCUCUCCUUCUCACUCUACUGCUCCUUCUCCUAAACAGUAUCAAUCCUACUCAAAGCCAGUAGAAGAAGUGAGUCAAGGAGGUUCUGUGUUAUCUAGAACAAGUGAUGUAUAUCAGGAACCUUACCAACAGAAAGGUGCAGGUAGUACCGAAUUAGUUUAACUAAUUUUAAAGAGACAUAAUUAUCACUGAUAGACAACUGAGUUAUUAUUGCAAUUUUGAUAUCUAGUCUAUAAUAAAUUUUAAAUUCAUAUCUCGAUUGGUUAAUUUAGUAUAGCUUUAUAGUCUAAAUUUAAAUCU